AUGAUUUUUUACCAGCCCUUCUUUGUCGCAGCAUCUGCAGCUCUCCUAUCCCCAGGACUGGCUGCUGGAUUUUCGACUGAGCUUCAGAGUGUACUGAAGAACACACAUGGUGGCAAUGAAUAUGGAUACCCUACCGAUUUUACCAGGGGUAUAAUGCCUAUACCAGUCCACUCUCACAAUGAUUACUGGAGAGAUAUUCCCUUCUACACUGGUAUCUCCAAGGGCUGUGUUUCAACAGAAGCCGAUGUGUGGCUUUAUAACGGUACACUUUACGUCGGGCAUGAUGAAUCCUCCUUGACUGAGGAGCGAACUUUCGAGUCCCUCUACGUCAAUCCAAUGUUAGAUGUGCUAAAGCGCCAAAACCCCCAAACUCGAUUUGUGACUUCACCCACGAAAAACGGCGUCUUUGACACUACUACUUCGCAAACCCUUUACUUUUUCGUCGAUGUAAAAACGUCAGGACCUGAAACAUUUGAAGCUGUUAUAUCUGCGUUAGAGCCACUCCGCAAAGAGGGCUAUCUGACGUCGUUGAAAGACAACAAGACGGUGACAAGUGGUCCCGUAACCGUCAUCGGGACAGGCAACACGCCUCUUGAUAUGGUUGGACCGGUUGCUAAUCGCGACUACUUCUUCGAUGCUCAUCUAGAUGCGCUAGAGGAAAAUCCUGAGAUCACGUCCUUGAUCUCUCCUAUUGCAUCUACUAGCUUCCAAGAGGCAGUGGGCUCAGUCGCAUAUAGUGAGGAUAAUGCUGUUCUGAGUGACGAGCAGCUGGCUACCCUUCGGUCCCAGAUUAGUACUGCAAAGGAAAGGGGAAUUGACUCGAUGUCUAAGGUCGAUGUUGAUCUGGGGGAUCUCUUGGCUAAGGUGCUCCCCACCGGUGUCAAGGUCACCAUUCGCCAUAUCUCGUCAGCUCCUACCCCAUGCACAGCGCUCUUCGCGCCUCCUCCAGGGGAAGAGCCCGAGUCGACAUUUUGUGAAAACCAUUUUCUGACGGUCUCCGUGAAUGCCGACGAGCAUGAUGGAUCCGAGAUCAUCGUCUUUGGAAUCGAAGUUCUGGUCUACAGCACAGCGCAUUUAACGACUGUUUUCGUCUCCAAGGCCGAUUCUACUGGAUUCCUGCACUUACUGAAAAAUGCACCGAAAGUUUCGCUCAUCAGGCGCAUCUCUAACGGCUUCCUAUCUUUCCUGGUGCAGACACAUCAACGGCCGGGUGUUCGGCUAGUGGUGUCCUUGUUCGCACGGGCUCAGAACCAGUAUCUGUUCCCUGGCAGCAUUGAAAAUUCGGGAAAGCAUGUUCUCGACGAUAGGGGUCUGAUCAAAUGGUGGUGUCGCGCUGUCGAUCCCAUAUUACGCGAGUAUGAGCCGGAAUCAGGAUCCCACGAGAAAGGUCUCCUUGACCGUGCCAUGGAAUCCGCUAAAAGUUCCGCAACAGCAUUCCUGAUUGUCCCAGGAUGUGACAAGUUUGAAACUCGAGGCUUCUUCCCUGGCACCGCAAAAUCAGAUGAUAAAGGACGCCCCAGGUGGCUGAACAGCUACCCGCUUCAUCAGCUGUGCGACAACACCAACGCGCCUCCACGCUGCUUGAUUCCUCGUUUUCCAGAUGAUCCGAAAACGCGCUUCCUAGUUGACUUGGACGAUGAGCUCCCGCAACAAUCGGAGGCCGGGGGCUCAAAGGAAGGCGCUGGGCAAUGGAGGAGUGUCAAAUCUCUGGACCAGUUCUGGGAGAUGAUGUCUUUCCGGCAGGAGUGUUCUGCUGGGCGACUGGUCGGAUUCUUGUGGCUUGUUAUUAACCCUCCAGGACUUGUCAAUUCGGUUCAAAUGACAAGCUCCAGACCUGUUUUUAAAGAGAAAGCAGAGGAUUCCUCGCCAAUGACCGUCCCUACAUCAGACCAGAUGGAUUCAAACCCCAUUCGGACAGAAGAGUCUGGUUCUACUGAUUCCCAGUCUUCAGACGCUGCCAAAGAUUCUACAGCAGAGACAACCUUAUCUUCUGAGACCCAUCCCAAAACACAGCCGAUCACAGACCUGAACGCGUUUCACUGGCCAGAAGCAGGCCGGGGUCAUGCUGUUAUGAGCGAAGAAGAUUACAAAACCGCGAUCAAUUUUUUACUUGAGCAAGACUUCUACAACCUAAAGGUUUCUAUAGCCAGCACUAUGGCAUGGAGUGAGAAAGUUGCAUCCAUCGUGGACCAGCUUUGGGUCGGUCAGCAAGUCACAGGAAGGAAUACGUCUGGAGAAUCUGCCGAUAAACCCGCUCCAACGACAAACAUCAUCAACACUGGAUUGGUUCGAAAGCGAAAGAAAGAUGACCAGAGCCAAGCGACGACAGCAACAACAGCACAGAAUGAAGGGCGCGAGGGGAGUGAUACAGUCUCAGGUGCAGUGACAGCAGAGACUAGUGCAACAAGGAUGAAUGAAUCCUCUGGAAUCAAUGUGCUUCAAGCAAACUUGAUCCGGAAGAAGAAGAAGGCUUAG